AUGGAGUGUGAAGGACAGGUGACACCGGAAGUAAGGUCGGAGUUGAAACCAAAAUUGGGACUUGAAUUUGAUCGCUGUGACGAUGUGUUCAAUUUCUAUAAUAUGUAUGUUGCGAAAGCCGGAUUCGGCAUUCGGUGUUCUACAACGAGGACGUGCACAAUGACAGGAGAGGGGUAUGCAUUGACAAGCACUGUUAGUCAUAAGAGAAGACGCCAAGGUUGUACUCGAACUGGUUGCAAGGCUAAACUUGCGAUAUUGAAGAUGAAAGACAAGAAUAAAUACAUUGUUGUAGGAUUCAAUGAGGUACACAACCAUGACAUGACCACAGUUGAUAAAGUCCAUCUAUUGAGAUCUCACCGUAACUUAACAGAGUCUACAAAGGCCUAUAGUGCAGAUAUGAGCAAAGUUAAUAUUCCGGUACAUAAACAGUUAAGCCUUCUUGAGGUGCAAGUAGGGGGAUUAGAAAAUGUUGGGUUUGUUAAGAGAGAUGUCUAUAAUUAUGUAAGGGACGUGCGUGGAGAGGUGAUUGGCCAAGAUGCAGAGCUGCUUAAGGAGCAUUUUAUGGCUAUGCAAGAAAAGAAUGAAUCAUUUUAUUUCAAGAUGGAGGUAGAUUCGGAAGGAAGGAUGGGUAAUGUUUUCUGGUCAGAUGCAAGGUCAAGACGAGCUUAUGGUUUUUUUUGGAGAUGUGGUGGUAUUUGA